ACUAUGCGUGAAGAUACCCCUACUGAAGUAGUCGAUGAUCUAUAUGCCUUAGCUUGUGGCCCUGAAUCUCAGAUUAGAUCGUACGCUGCGUGCAUCGUGAAUGGUAAAAGGUUCCACACAAAGCAUCGAGAACAACGUCGCCGCAUUCAAAAUUCUGGUAUUUUUGUAACUGGUGAUGAGCAAGCAAAUAAUUUGGAGUUCUAUGGUGUUCUAAAUGAUGUUGUAGAGUUACAUUAUAUGGGAUGGUGUCGAGUGUACUUGUUCCGAUGUGACUGGUUCGACGUUGGCGAUCGAAGACAAGGUGUUUGAGUGGAUUCACAUAUGACUAGUGUCAAUGUUGCUAGGACAUGGUACAAAGAUGAACCCUUUGUCUUGGCAUGCCAAGCUGAACAAUGUUUCUAUGUCAAAGAUAGAAGGGUUAAAGGUAGUUGGUAUGUCAUACAAAAGUUCAUGAAUAGGAAUGUAUAUGAUAUCCCACAAGUGCAUUUAAAUGAGGAUCAUGAAACGUCAUCAAGUGACGGUGAGGCGUAUCAAGAUGAGGAAUUUGAAAGUUCCCGAGGAAAUGUUGACUUUGCUGAUGUUGGAGUGGCAAGUCCACUCCAUAGGCCUGAUGUACAACCAUUUGAGUUUGAUGCAUCAAGAUUAGUUGGGUCAUCUGGACAGCCACAAGUUGGAGAUGAUUUUAUAGAUGAUGCAGAGGCUGAGUCGGGUUCAGACAGUGGUGUUGCUGAUCAUUCAAGUCCAGUUGAGGGGAUGGAUUCUGAUGAUGAUUUCCUAUCUGACUCGGAGUAGUCAUUUUUGAGUGGGCACAUAAAUUACAUGAAGAAGCCAUUUCUUCUCAUUGAACUAGCACCUGUAUAGUUUCCCCCAUUUCCUUUUUAAACUUCAUUUACUGCACAAACACAGUCCUCUAUCUUGGAGGGUUAUAUGAUGAUAUGUAUUAACAUACAUUAGUUUUGCUCUUAAUUUGACUAUGAUGAGCUCGUGCUUCUUGUAUGUCCAGGUUCUAACAUUGAUUUGCAACCAAUUUGUGCAGAUUUAUUAGUAACAGAAUAUUGUGGACAUAGCGGCAAGCAUUGCGGCAUAAUCGAGUGGGAUUGACAAAGAUAUCCUUUUAACUAUUUAGUUAUUUAAUAUGCAGUAGCUAACAUUGGAACCAAAUUUAUAAUGGAACUCUUUCUCUCUAACAUAGACACACACUCAUAUUUUGUGUCUUGU